AUGGGCAAAGAGGUGGGACGUGGGCUCAUUUACCUGAACACCAAUCAGAACAGUUGCAAUCAGCAGAUAAUAGAACAAGUCUUCAUCGAGCCAAAGUUGAAGCUUAAGAACUUUGGAUUGCGCUCAUCGCCUGGGAUUUUGUAUAACCAGCCCAGUGUGCUGGUAGGUCGGACAGAUGUUGCUUCUGUAACAUCAUGGUUAGCCCCAAUCAUUUGGGAGGGAACCUUUGACGCCACACUGAUCGACUUUAUCUACAAACAACAGAAUCUCAGCAUAGCGACCACUGUCUUCGCUUUGGGAAAAUAUACAAGUUUUCUCAAAGAUUUUCUGGAGUCAGCAGAGCAGCAUUUCUUUGUUGGAUUUCGAGUGCAUUACUACUUGUUUACGGAUCUACCAGAAGAAGUUCCUGAAGUUAAGAUGGGUGAAAACCAUAGUUUGACAGUUCGAAAGGUUCCAAGUUUGAACAGAUGGCAGGACAUUAGUAUGGGCAGGAUGGAAAUACUGGAAAAACUAAUAGAGAAUGAACUGGCCAAAGAGGCUGACUAUAUUUUCUGCCUUGACGUAGAUACAAAGUUCUAUGGCCGUUGGGGUGUGGAGACUUUGGGUCAUCUGGUAGGUGUGAUACAUCCUUGGUUCUUUGAUGCUCCAAGAGAUCGACUCACAUAUGAGCGUAGACCAGAGUCUCAAGCAUACAUUCCAGCUGGGGAAGGUGAUUAUUAUUUUACUGGCGCUGCAUUUGGUGGCUCACUGGAGGAUGUACAUCAUCUCACCAAAACCUGCCGAGAGCAGAUGAACAUUGAUGCUGCAAACUCCAUUGAGGCGAUAUGGCACGAGGAAUCUCACUUGAACAAGUAUUUCCUUUAUAACAAACCUAGUAAACUGCUUUCACCUGAAUAUCUGUGGCGGGACAUCAAUGCCGGGGCAGCCCAAAUAAAAAUAAUUCGCUUCUCUCAUGUUGCUAAAAACAAUGCAGACGUUCGUCCAAACCCAUAGCAACUGUUGCCAGUACUCAGCUACACUGAAAUGGUGUGUUCUCACAGGCCUCCUAUAUGACAUUGUAAAUUUGUUAACAGGUAAUACUGAAAAUGAUGGAGUCGACAACUGCCACCAUAAAAUGGAUAAUCACAGACAUGUACAGAUAUUUGAGCACAAAGUGGCACCAGGAACUAAAUCUGCCAAAGUCUUCUUGAAUAAACACAAUAUGAACUUAUCUAACAUUCUGCAAUGCUCUUGAGUUAAUAAUGCAACCAAACGGAAUCUGUGUGUAUUGAAAGCACUGACAUCCCUUUGUUUUACCUUUUUUUUUAAAAAAGAGAUUUG